GUUAAGAGAAGCAGGUUUCAGCAGCCAGAACUCCUUUCUGGACAAUUUCUUUAAUUUUUGAACCAGCAUUCUACUGUUCCUUUGACACUCUUUAGACCAAGGGACCUGGCUUAUUGGUGUUUCUGUUUCCUCAGAUGGAAUCUCCCAGCAUGGCUUUCAUUGCUUGGAUGCUCUUUUGCUUUUCUGGCCCAUCAACUGGUUACCCAAAUGGAAAAGUCACAGAAUCCUGCAAUAGUAUGAUACCACUCCAUGGGCACCCACCUCAAAAAUUUCCUAAGCACACCAUUGAAGUAAAUAUGACACAGUUUAAGCCAGGCGAUCAUGUGAAAGUUAGUUUGUUUGGGCCUCCAUUUGAAGGUUUUUUUCUACAAGCCCGCAAUGCUGACAAUGUGGGAGGUCCUGCCAUUGGCUCUUUUGCGCUGGCCGACAAGAAAAGAUCUCAACUGCUCACCUGUGGGCGUGUAAAGAAGUCAGCUGUCAGUCACACAAGUAAAUCGAAGAAAACCCAUCUAGAUGCCUACUGGAUUUCUCCAAGAGAUGCACCCAAAAGAAUACAAUUUUUAGCCACAGUUGUAGAAAAAUACCACAUCUUUUGGGUAAAAAUUCCUGGCCCUGUGAUUUCCCAGCCUGAUACACCUAUCUUGACAACAACUGUGACCAUUCCAACAUCACAUCCUAUUCGUCAUCUAACCCAGUCAUUCAAUGCUUCAGACUGUGGAAACAACAAGUUCUGUGUGAGAAACCCUUCAAACUGUGAUCCUCAAGCCAACAGUUGCUUCUUUCUCUCCUUCAAACGAGAUGACGACUCAGUUUUGGUUGAAAUGAGUGGCCCUAGUGAAGGCUACGUCGCAUUUGCAUUGUCUCAUGAUCAGUGGAUGGGUGAUGGUGAUGAUGCAUAUCUCUGCAUUAGUGAUGAUCAUCAUGUUGACAUCAAAACAGCCUCUCUGGUGGGACGGACCUAUCCAGAGUUUGAUUCAGAGGAUCCUCUCGAAGACAAAUCAUGGAGAGUGGCUGAUGGCCUUAUUCAGUGUUCUUUCCGAAGAAGAAUUAAUCUCCCUGCUUUUAAAAGGAGGCUUAAUCUAGAUGCAUACUACUACAUAUUUCUGGUAGAUGGUGAAGUCAGUGAAGGAGGUAUAAUCCAUCAACACCACCGGCAGCCUCUUAUCACAAAUGGCAAGUAUAAUGUUUCAGGACUACCAAAGGAUAUUGGAGGAUCCCGCUCCCCAUUCCUUAUCAAAAUUCAUGGUGCAUUAAUGUUUGUUGCAUGGAUGACUACAGCUAGCAUUGGUGUGAUCAUUGCCCGAUUCUUCAAGCCUGUCUGGCCAAGUUUGUUGCUGUUUGGAGAAGAGAUCUGGUUUCAGGUCCAUCGAGUGCUAAUGAUGACAACUGUGUUUCUUACGAGUGCAUCUUUUGUUCUUCCUUUUUUGUAUCGUGGAGGUUGGAGUGAACAAGCAGGUUUUCAUCCUUAUCUUGGCUGCACAGUGAUGGCACUGGCAAUCGUUCAGCCCCUCAUGGCAGGGUUCAGACCACCUUCACAAGCACCAAGAAGGGAAAUCUUCAACUGGUUACACUGGAGCACUGGUACAACUGCUAGAAUACUUGCUGUGGUGACAAUGUUCCUGGGAAUGGACUUGCCAGCUCUCAAUCUUCCAGAUCCAUGGGAUACGUAUGCAAUGACUGGAUUUGUAGCUUGGCAUGUUGGCACUGAUAUUCUUCUGGAAAUACAUGGCUACUAUCUCGUUCGCAAAGUUGAAGUGGUGGAAGAGGACAGGAUACAAAUUUUGCAGUCUAUUAACUCCACAGAAGCACAGGGCCAUACAUUUAAAAAGACAGUGCUAUUCAUCUACAUUUGUGGAAAUAUUGCAUUCCUCAGCAACUUCCUGACAGCAAUUGUACAAAUAUGACUGUGAAGAAGAAUUUAGUGCUCUGAAAAACUUGUGCAAAAGGAUUGCCUCUCUGGGACUAAAAUAUUUUACUGAUGCUCACAGCAGAAAGACCAAUCUCUGAAUGAAACUCUUAUUACAAAUCCAAGAUUUAAGAAAUUGUGUGUGAACUGGAUUUUCACUGCCAUGCAGUCAUUGGAUAAUGAAAUUAAAUAUGUUGAGUCAUGAGGUCCCAAUCCUGAUUUGGACCUGCCUCUCUCGUCCCAAUGACUGACCAUCUCAUCUCAAUGUCGAUAUUCAUAUUCUUGAUAUUCAGUUUCAUCUGGCACCAGAAGGCUAGAAGAAAGGAUAUUGCUUUCAACAAGCUGGGCUUGAGGCUCCCUGUGUAUCUGAUCUGGGAUACUUGUUGUUCAACUGUUUCUUCACCACCUUGAUAUGAUUUCAUGGUGGGCCAGCAUGUCUUGUCACAGACGAUCACCAUUAUGGUGUGAGAGAAUGUGGAACCCCAUAUAUUUAGAGUCUGUAUGAUCAAGGAUGGUUUAUACUCUGUCUCACUCCAUCUGAGCACAGAUAAUUGUAGCCACAAUGUUAUGGAGCUAUACUUGAAGAAUAAUGACGUUCACAAGAGGCUCCCAGUUUUUGUACUUUGACUCCAGUUGAGACGAAGGUGCUAGGAUUUAUGGAGCCUUUGUCCAUGGGUAUUCCAACUGUUAAAUCUGGAAAUAUUUGUGAAUCUUAGAGGCAAGAGGGCUCUAUGUGAAUGGAAGCCAAAUAGGUAUUAGAUAGCUGUUGGUACCACCUCCACCCAUGGUUGAUCGGGGGGGGGGGGUCUUCUUAAAGGAACAACAUGGAGAGAAGUGAAUGAAAUAGUUUAGGAUUUUUAGUUUGAUUGACAGGUUGUAGGUGUUAACAGUGAAAACCCCGAGCAUUCAAAGAGUGAUGAAAACUAUUUGAACAUCCUCUCUUCUUUUGUAACUUCACAUUUGCACAUCGUAGCAAACCAUCCACCCCCUCUCUGUUCAGCCUGAGGGUUUUUUUAAAAAAAGAUAACUAGUCACUAUGUAAAUUGUUAUUUUUAUGCACAAAAGACUGUAGAACGAGUGCCAACUGCUGUAUUUCAUAUUAGUUUAUAUUUUGUUUUGUUUUUUGAAGGGGGAAUCCAAUUGUGUCUGCCUGCCAUUAGAAUGAAAUUGAGCAACAGGGCUGUUCCUCCUCUUUCUGCAGCCUCUGGUCUUAGAAAGAUUGGGGGAUUUUUGGAUCUGGGUUGGGGGAUGUAAGGGUUUGUUAGGGACAGGGAAUUUUUAUUGUGGGAGCAGACCUUUGCUUGCCCAACACUGGAAGUAUUCCCAUAGGAAGAAAACAGUUUGUGUCAAUUUGCUAUGAAUAUAGUUGAUGUAACUGCCAUGCAGAUCACAAGAUUUCAUGAUCACCUGUCCCCGAAAGAUCCAGUAGAUACUGAUAAUUUCAGUCCUCUUGAAAUCUAAUUGCUUUCACAACUUGCCACAAAAUCAAAGGUGAGACUACUUAAAUUUUAUAGUUGUGCAUUGCAUUCCAGUACUUUUAUCUUGUUAUAAAAAUAUAAAUUGUUUAAAUUAAAAUGUUUGUAAAUUACAUUGACUUUUUUUAAAAAAGGAGUUAUUAUUCUGAAAGCAUCAUUGUACUUACCUCAAGCAAAUGUAUGGUUUGAGAAUUUGAGAAAUGGAGUAGCUGUUGAAUGUAUAACAGUUGCUGGCCUUUCGUGUACCUGCUACAAACAUGUUUGCACCAAAAGAACCCAAUCAAUUAUUGUGAGUACAAAGCUUGCAAAGUUGCUUUAAAUUCCUGUGAUUCAAUAUCUACAUGAAGUUACUCUGAUUUGCCCAGCAACAAGUCACAGAAUCUUAGACUUGGAAGGGACCCAAAUGGCCAUUUAGCCCAACUUCUUGCCAUGCAGGAAUACAGCUAAGCAUUCCUGAAAGAUGCCCAUGCAACCUCUCAUUCCAAAGAAGGACAAGACACUCUAUUUCACUGUUGGAAUAGUCCUUGUAGCAAAUAAGGUCUUGGUAAUGUUUAAGUGGAAUCUCUCUUGUGAUUUGAACCCUUUAGUUUGUGUUCUUGAUUCUGGAGCAGCAGAAAACAAGCUUGCUCCAUCUUCCACAUUUCAUCCCUUCAGAUAUUU